AGCAAGAGCAGAACAUAAUACUAGUUGUCUUUUACCCCGCAGUACCCCCCCUCCAUCAUCGGAUAUAUCCAUACUUACCAGUAUAAAUACCCCUCUAUCUCCCUCUCCCCUCCACCCCCAUACCAACCUCCCUCCUAGCAUUAUCUCAUACACACAUUAUCAUAGACACUGAAAUUAACAAACAAAAAAAUCAGUGUUCCCCCGAAGAACCUUCACCACCUUCACCCGCAAAAUGGCCCCUAUCGAACGCAUCACGCUCUUCAAGAUCCCUAAUGACGCGGACCGCGAUCGCGUCUUAGAGCAGUAUAAGGUUUUGGCUAAGACCGCUGUUAAGGACGGAAAACCCUACAUCCUCAGCUCGGCCGCGGGAGCCUCCAUCCCCGAUGAGCGCAACCAGGGCUGGAAUCUGUCUGUGAAGACGACGUUCGCGUCCCUGGAGGAUAUGGUCUACUAUGAUGAGCAGUGUGAGGCGCAUAAGGCGUUGAAGGCGGUUGUGGGACCUGUUAGGACAGAUAAGUUGACGACGUUUUUUGAGAGUGUGUUGUAGAUAUUCAUAUUUCCAUUAUAAUGUUAUGUGUUUAUGGAUAGAUGAUAAUGGUCAAUGGUUUGUUUCAUGGUAUACAUCUAUUG